UUUAUGCGAGCGAUUCGGAUUCCUAGACUUACAGUAUCAAAGUUGCCUUGACCGAAUUCAAUUUUACCUCUUGGGGUAGCUGGAUGGCAAUAAUGGCGACUGAACAACCUCAAACGUUACCGGUGGAUAAGAAGGCCGCCAGUCUUGUACCAGAGGAUAAGAUGGCGAUUGAUGAUGCAUCAGAUGCAGGAGCAGUUAAUGGGCAUCCUCAAUCUGAUCAAGAAGAGUCCAAAUCUGAUGAUAAACCUACUGUUAAUGGUAAUACUGAAUCAACAGAUUCGACAACUCCUAGAGCAGAUGAGUCUUUAAAUCAAAAGGCCUUUGCUGCAAACAGUAGUCUUCCUCAAGAAACGCAAGAGGAACCGCAUCCUAACCCUUCGUCCACCGAUGACAUUGACAUGCCCGAUGUUAAUGGCACUUCAGCCGUGAAGGACUCAUCUUCAACGGCAGAAUCUAAGGACGAAUCCAAGACCGAAUCCAAGACCGAAUCCAAGACCGAACCCAAUGCUGAACCCAAGACAGAAGCUAAGGCAGAAGCCGAGACAGAAGUUGUCCCCAGUUCGACGUCAAAGAAUAUUGACAAGACAGAGCAGGAUUCUGCUAACCAAGAUUCGGCGCUGGACGAAAAAGCACCCCAGAAGCCUGCCGAUUCGAUGGAUGUGGAUGUUACAGAACAACACGCUGACGGGGAGUCAAGUGAUAAACUCGCAAAUAGCACAGAAGAGAAGUCUUCAAAUGACGCAGCAGUGCCUACGUCAUCUCAAGACUCUAAUCAACCAUCGGCAAGUCUCGCUAAAUUGGACAUCAAGGGUACCCAGCCUGAUAGUGCUGUUUCUCAACCCGACACACCUAUGACCGACCAACCCGCGGCCGCAAGCAAAGUCUCCCGAGAGCGCGAGGAAGAUGGCGAUAACGAGCGAGCGGCAAAGCGGGCAAAAACAGAAGAUCGGAGUGAACCGACCGCAGAUUCGAUGGUUGUCGCGAGUGGGCCUCCUCCCGCUCCACAGUCGAGCAACAGCGUUGACCGAGACCGAGAUGGCCAAGUCAUUACCCCUUUUCAGAAUCGACAGAUCAGACAAGUUUUGGCUGGUGUCAAGAAGACCAAAAAUGGUCUCAAUUUUCGACAACCUGUAGAACGGCUAUGGCCGGUCUUAUGGGAUGACUACAAGUCUAAAAUUGAGAAUCCUGUGGACAUUUCACUCUUUGAGGCGAAGCUCCGCGAGGACAAAUACGCCAACUACGGCGCAUUGAAAGCUGACAUACAACUACUAUACGAGAAUUCUUUGACGUUCAACGGCGAAAACAAUCCUAUCACCUUAGCGGCAGGCAUAGUCAGAGAUCAGAUACUUUCACGCCUUCCAGACAUUUCUAGAUUAGAAGAACCUGCCAAACCCGAGAAGGGCAAAGCUCACGCAACCCGGCACCCAGAACCUCGCGCAGCAACCCAGCCACGACGACAAUCACAGUCACAGCCAUCACAACCACCUGCCGCAAGCCCAAAACCGAAAUCUACGCCUACGCAGACUAUACAAGCUGCCCAACCAGCCUCUGCUUCUUCAGCGCCAGCCUUUGCGAUCCCCCCGAACGGUAUCCCCCAAAUCCGUCGCGAUUCUACCAGAGAAGAUAGUGACAGACCCAAACGCCCCAUACAUCCUCCCAAAAAUCGCGACCUUGACUACGGUUCAGCCAGCCGUAAGAAACUAGAACCUGAGCAACGCUUCUUCGAAGUCGUCCUCGAUGAGAUCAAAAAAGGAAAGCAUUAUGCGUUAAAUCAAUGGUUUCUCACUCCUGUGGACCCUGUAGCAUUGAAUAUCCCGACGUAUUUCAGCGUCGUCAAGAAGCCAAUGGAUCUUACCACUAUGACACAAAAGAAUUACGACGGCGACUAUAAGUCAGCGAAAGAUAUAGAAAAGGACAUGAAACUAAUCGUCCACAAUUCUGAGCUCUUCAAUGGUCAACAUCAUGAUGUGACCAUCCUUGCAAGACGUUUAGAGGAGCUGUUCAAGUCUGAAAUGUCGAAACGAGAUCAGUGGAUGAAGCGUCAUUAUCCUCCGGAGGUACCAUCUGCGACAAAUGCUUCUGCUCAUAGUCCAGAGAGAAGUGCUCAUGACUCUGAAGAUGAAAGUGAAGCCGAUGGUGAGGAUGAGCAAAGUAGCGAAGUGAUUCGUAACUUGCAGGCUCGCUUAGACGAGGAGCAGGACAAGUUGAACACUCUACUUGGAUCUAAGAAACCAGACCUCACAAUGAUUGAGAUUCAACAGUCGAUGGUUUCGAUGCUCCAACGCAAGCUUGUAGAAGAAAGAACCAAGUUCCAUGAUGAAAAGAAGCCGAAGCCAAAGAAGAAGAACACCAAAAGCAAGCCGAAAUCUGGGGGCAGUGGUCCAGCAACUUCAGGCCACAAAAAGGCAGCAUCUGGAAAUGUUCAUACGAGCAAAAAAAAUACCAGCACCCAUACCAGCCAUAAGAAAGCGGCUCCCAAAAGCCGACCAGUUGGUGCGCUAGAGAAAGCAGUUAUUGCGGAAGGAAUCAAUGAGCUCGAUGGAACUACCUUGACAAAGGCUGUGGAUAUAAUCAAGAAGGAUACCGGUCAGAAUGAGAACGAUGACGGUGAGAUGGAGCUAGAUAUUGAUGCUCUGUCUGAUGAAGCUCUUCGAAGACUCUACGACUUGAUCAACAAGACGAACCCAGAAAUUCGGGUCGCACUGGAGAAGAAGCCGGAAUUUAGCCGUGCAGUCGAGCCGGAGCCCAAGUCAAAGUCUAGUGCGCCUACUAAAGCUAAGAAGAACAAGCCGAUGAACAAACAUGAGCAGGAGCGUAAAAUCGAACAACUCCGUGAGCUUAAAGCUCAACUUCAACGUCACGGUAGUGGAAGCCAAGAGCCUCUUCCUGGAGAAGUUGAUAACAACAGACCCAUGGAAUCAAGUGAGGAGGAAAGCGACUCAGAAGAGGAAUAAAGCAGGAUGAAUACCCCACCUAUUUCAGAAAUCUUAGCCCUCAGAAUAUUUCCAGGGGCAUAACUAACGUUUUGUGAUCCUUUGAGUAGCUUGGCUUGCGUGCUUAGCUCAGUUACCCCUGAGCCUAUCACUGAGAAAGGGUACUACCUAUUAGUAACUGCUUUUAAGAGAAGAAGGAAAAAAAACU